AUGUCUUCCAACUUUCAUAAUCACACGUCGAAUCCUUACAAUUCAUCUGAUCCUUUCAGAGGUUACUUAAAUUAUCAGGCCCACAGCCUGGCUAAUUAUGGAAACCAACCGAACGCUUAUCCCCUAUUCCAUUCUGCUGCGGUCGCCGCUGUCGCAGCUGCAGCUGCAGAGUACUCUCAACAUUUUAAUUCCAACAAUGCUCAUAACUCACUCAAUCUUGCUACUUCGAACCCGGCUGUUCAUUUCAAUAACCUUACGGACUACUCCUGCAAUGUUACGCAGCCUCUACCCAUUCAAGACCAUGCUUCACAACCUCACUUCAGUUACGAUCAGUCUUUGACGACGAGGGGGCCUCUCAACAAGCCACUCACGGUAGCAACGAGUUCGUAUGAACCCCACCCUGCACCUAUUCCUGAUUAUCCAGCCCGCAAUACUUCACACAAGCAUGCUAACGUAAGCCGAUGUGCCCCCGACGGACAUGAGCUCAAUAAUCCUGAUCACAGUUUUACAACAAAAGGCAAAUCUAAGGGGCGCAAAUCUGUGCCUUCGAAUGAUUGCUGUCAGAAAAGGAAAGAAUUCGAAGAGCUAGUUAAAGCAAGGACAAAUAUGCUUAUGUCUGAAGGAGUUACUGCAGCGACGUCUCCUCUAGCGCAAGCACCAGCUACGACUGGAACAUGUUCCUCUUCUAGCAGUGGUUCACUAACCGGUGUCCCUCCUCUGACUUGCAAAGAAGGCUCUUCCAUUCUUUCAAGCACUGGACAAUCUCAUCACUCUCUUCUCAUGCAAGCAAUUCUCGAUUCCAAAAAGCGAGCCCUUUUGCGCUUACCUAGUAUUACGGCCUGCCUGUCUCGCCAACAGAGAACUGCGCGACAUCACAAGCGGCAGACUGAAUUGUUCAGCGUAACUGUCCGCAAUCCUCCCACUACCCAAGUCACACUGGGCUCUAGUAACCAGUCUUCGCUGAUCUAG